AUGGCAAUGAGAGCGGCGGCGAUUAAGGCGGCGGCCGUAUCCACCGCAGCUCCGAGAGGCCUAAGAGCCCUGUAUUCGUCUUUACCGGGAUUUUCAUUUAAUUUGCCACCGACUCAAGUUGAGAAACCUCCUCCCGCUGAACCAUCCACCAAUCUCUUCGUCUCUGGGCUCAGCAAACGUACAACUACUGAAGGCCUCCGAAAUGCCUUUGCUAAGUUUGGGGAAGUAGUCAACGCUAAAGUGGUAACUGAUCGUGUGUCUGGUUACUCAAAGGGUUUCGGGUUUGUAGAUUAUGCAACUUUAGAAGGAGCUGAAGCAGGGAUAAAGGGCAUGGAUGGCCAGUUCUUGGAUGGUUGGGUUAUUUUCGCCGAGUAUGCAAGACCAAGACCUCCUCUCCCCUCCUUGAACAAUGGGUAUCCACAGCAAGGUCAGCGUGUCGUUUGCUACUUCGUCAAGGGGACUCAGUAUCUGGAAGGUGUCUUCCAUUUGUUUAGCAAUAUUGUGCAUAAUUUUCAUGGCAUGACUUGUCUUUCCUCUAAUGAGGCACAUCUUAGGGAUUCAGACACAAAUGGAAGUACGAUUACUAGGAAAAUAAAGGAUGAAAUGGAGGAUGCAAUAUAUAGUGCUCCCAGGUCUGUAAAAUGUAAGCUAUACUGGAAAGUGGCUGUUCCAUCCGAGAACUAG